UCUUAAGCAAGUGUUGUGUUUAUUGUUCAAUCGUAGGCACCAGGGCGUGAAUGAGGGGAAGGCUCCUCCAGUUGGUUUGCCGAUCACACCCCCACUCCUCAUCCCCUCCAACAGCUCCACUGAGUACCCAUCUGAAACCAAUGGCUGGAGGACCACUAUGCAAAAAUAUACAGAGCGGCUAAUGUUUUGGAGUGUUUUGUUGAUUAUAGCAAUUUCGUUGAGAUGCGAUUCUCCCCGAAGCUGUGAAAAGGUGUGAGUGAGGAUAACACUGAAGAAAACAGACGAAGACCGGUCGGAUCCAACUGUUAACAUAGCUGGAACUCUACAAAGAUGCCUGAGGUCCGGGAACUUUCUGAAGCUUUGCCAGAGAUGCCCAUGGACCCAAUCACUGGUGUUGGAGUAGUGGCUUCCAGGAACAGGGCACCAACUGGAUAUGAUGUGGUCUCUACAACAACAGAUGGCCUGGAUGCUGACCUAUGGAAAGAUGGCCUUUUCAAAUCCAAGGUGACCCGCUACCUCUGUUUCACCAGGGUCUUCUCUAAAGAAAAUAGCCAUUUAGGCAAUGUUCUUGUGGACAUGAAGCUGAUAGAUAUAAAAGACACACUGCCUGUGGGUUUCAUCCCGAUCCAAGAGACUGUCGACACUCAGGAGCAGGCCUUCAGGAAGAGGCGACUCUGCAUCAAGUUUAUUCCACGGGACUCCACAGAGGCAGCUAUCUGUGACAUCCGCAUCCUAGGACGCUCUAAGCAGGCCCCUCCUCAGUACACCUUUAUAGGAGAGCUCAACAACAUGGGAAUCUGGUAUCGCAUGGGGAACGUGCCUCGAGCCCAGGACUCCACACACACACCAACCACCAACAAUAUCCAGAAUGUGAACUCCUCCUCCAGCUCAGCCCCAGUCCCAGCAGCUCCUAUGCCCAAGCAUAUUUCUAUGACCCUUCCGGCCAGUUUCAGAGGGAAGAACACUACCAGACCAGACUAUGAGCACCAGAACUCCAACCUGUAUGCUAUCUCAGCAAUGGAUGGAGUGCCCUUCAUGAUCUCUGAGAAGUUUGCCUGUGCCUCGUCAGAUCUACAACAGGUGGAUCUGAUGGGCAUCACUAUCAAGUCACUGGCUGAGAUUGAGAAAGAGUAUGAUUACAGUUUCCGCACAGAGCACAGUGCAGCAGCUCGCCUUCCUCCCAGUCCAACACGGACCUCUCUGAGCUCUGAGGCCUGAGGAAUCCUUCCAACCCCACUCCAUCAACACUCAACUCCAGACACCAGCAGGAGAGACCUGUACACAACUACUGACCUUCCCACAGCAAACAGUGAUACCCCACCUCUCCAAAACAACUGUACUAAGAAGAAAGAGGAAAAAAUAACAACAAAAGAUGAAUUUCCUAACUUCUGGGAGACAAUAUGGUCUUUCUGUGUUAGUUGUACUCUGGAAAUUAAAAGGAAACUGAAAUGAAAACACUGAAAGACAAGCAGAAAACUGAGGGACUCUGCAUGUGGCUGAAACCACUAUGUACAUUGAUGACAUGGCUUUUAAAAUAGGACGCCCAUUGGAUCUAUUUUGCUCAAGGAAAUUGAAAUUGAGAAUCUCAUAUGAUUUUAAAAUACAUGUUUCUCAAAAGAAUAAUGAAGUGCUCCCCUGUAAUACAAAUAACCACACCCCUUCUGAAGAACUUGCUCAAACAACAUAAAAGGAACAAAAGGAAAGAGUCUGAAAGCAGAUGUCAUAUUAGCCUUGUUCAUGACAUACCUGCUGCGCUGUUCUGAAUCAAGACACCAGGAGGGCAAAUCAUCACAUUUCAUGUGUUGGGAAUACAAAAGGAAACUUCAUGGGAAAUUUUUUUUCAAGUUUGUACUGGUUUUCUUUGUGGGGAUUUUACUGUUCUCUAGAUGUUACUGUGAUAUACUGGUGUGACUGUAAGUGCACUUUGUGUUUGGGACUUUCAGUGUGCUUCCUGUUUGCCACAGAUAUUCUGUAAAUCACUUCUUUACUGUCUACAGGAGCCAGCAGCUUGGGUUAGAUAUAGGACCAGUUUAGUGUUUAAAAUUUCCUAAACCAGGAUGGAUGUCACUACUGGGCCACUCAUACCACUAUUCUUAUGAUUUUGUCAACCAUAACUAAUGUAAUAUCUGCUGUUGUAGGGCUGGGUAUCAUUUUCCCUUAUUAGUGAUGACUUAACAUGUAAGAAUUUUACAGGAUGACAAAACUACCUUUUUUUUACCUUACUUUGAAUAACUAUGACCCUGGACAAUUUUGUAGCAGCCCGUUUUAGCUUAAACACCUCUCGUCAGCAUUUUAAAAUAUGCUUUAAAAUCUCCAGGGUUAGCUCAGAGGCCGUCCCACAAACAUCCAUUUUUGUCACGAAGACCGUCUACACCAACAGAGGAACCCAACAACUCUUGGUCACUUCUCAAAUGACAACAUCAAAUAAGAGUGACAUACAGAACUAGGGUUCUUUGAAUUCUGGAUUAAUUCUGUUACACACUUACAUCUUCAGCCCUAAGCAAUCAUUCUAUCAUCAACCUUUCUGAGGAAGUGUUUAUUGUCUAUCUUGAGUAUCAGUUACCUUGAUAUUAGAAGUAGAAACCUUCAUGAUCAAAAUAAAGUUGAAUGAUUUCUGGCAUUGGAAAAAAGCACAGGUCUCAUUAAAAUAAUAUUCAGUUCAUGGGAAAUUGUGUUUCCUUUUUUUUUUUUUUUUUAUUAAAAUCCUCUUGACAAAUAGAGUGUACACAACAUACCUCCACUUUUGGUACCUCUUAUUUCUGAUUUCAUUCGGCAGCAGUAAGAGUACUGAAGUUUGAUACCCAGCCCUAGUUUCUUUACAAUAUAAGAACUGUCUGUAGUUUUUUUUAGUAUAAGUUACUUUUCUGAUCACAGUGUUUAACAAACAAGAAGAUGUUGCAAUUUAAGUGUCACAACUUAUAAUUCUUUAUCAUACAUGAACAAAGGCAAAGUUGUCAAGCAAAACUGCUCUUUUUUAUUUGAUUACACUCAUGAUGUGAAAAAGAUUUUGUGCCUACAGUGCAUGUUUAUCCUCUGUAAUGGUAGAUCUCCCUGUAUCCUUUUAAAAAGUGUUUUGUUUAACUUGAAUGAGUAAAAAUGAUUUUAGAAAGUCUAAUAACUUUGAUUUAAGCAGUUAUAUUUUUUAUCUGUUUUUACAUGAGAAGACAAUGACCCUCUCAAUACCACUAGAGAUCACUUCUAAUGAGACUGAAAGAGUAGAACACCAUGAACCUUUCACUUGGCCACAGUCACUGUUCUGCAACACAGGCACUGUGUAACAAAACUGGUGGAUCACAGACUUCAUGUGUAACUAUCUUAUCAUUUGUAGCUGUUAUAUAAAAAGGAUUUUUCUUGUCCAGGAAUAGUGUAAGGUUCCCCUAAUAAUGUAAUUGGACGUAGCAGUUUAAAGUGGCUGGUAUGAAUCCAGUUUAGGCAGAUGACAAACCUGAAUGCUUUUUCCCCCCAGUAUUAUAUAAAUUUCCAUAGCGCCAAGUCCAUCAAUACAACACUCAUGUCAUGUCAUGACACGUUUUCAUCUACUAAUUUUUCCAGUUGUUUUCACUAAACGGUUUUUUUCAAAUACUGUUAAGCUACAGACACUAAACACACAUACUUUUAAUGUGCUGGGUUUUUUUUUUUGACAGUUGGCUGUUUUUGGAAUAGUAUCUUUGGUUUGAGAUGUCGCAGUUUUAAAUUGACUGUUACAUAUUGACAUUAAAAGUCAAUCUUCGCUUUGGACACCAUCUACAUACAAAAGGCACUUUUGAAAAAGUCCUUUUAUUUUAUAUUUUUGUUUGAUUAAUGUAUUAGUCAUUUCAGUAUUGUGACUAUGUUGUUCUAAAGGCUCUCUGUUGUUUUCAGAAAUGUAACCUGGGGUGAAAAGAUAAACAGCUCAUGUCCAUGUGAAGCUCUGUGUAUUUGAGAUGACUGUAUCUGCCUGCUCUUUGAUAAGCUACACUUGUAUCAUUUAUCAGCUGUGGUGUUUACUUCCAGCCAGUUUUGCUGAAACAUUUAAUAUCUGACUAAUACAAUGUCUAUUAAUGACAAAUAACAGUCUUGCUUUGAUUACAUCUGUUAGUUUGCAUGCAUGGUGACAUGAGGUGUCAAAGUUUUCAAUAGUACCUUUUCAGCAGUAGUUUUUGUCAGAUUUUGCCACAUAAAUCCAUUUUAUUUGCUAAAGAAUGAACAAAACCACAUCAGUUGACUUUGUAUUAUUUGGGAGUUUUAUUAAACUAUAAUGAACAUA